AUGUCCGCUGAAGACGAAAAACUAAGACUGGUCAUCAUCGGCGGGGCCAGGGGAGGAAUGUCAGCUGCAGUUCGAGCACGACGCCUGAGUGAGAAUGCGUCGAUCAUUGUUAUCGAACGGGCACCAUACAUCAGUUACACAAAUUCUUUUGUCCCUCAUAGCUGGGGCAGUAUACUUGAAACGGAUACGUUGAUUGCUCUACAAACGCCUGCCGCUAUUAGCGCUCGAUAUAACCUGGAGGUGCGCGUUUGUACAGAGCUUGUCAGCAUCUCUAGGAAGCGCCACUCCAUGACCCUGCGCUGUCUGAAGACUGAUACCACCUAUGAACUGCCGUAUGAUAAGGUCGUGCUUUCGCAAGGUGCAGACUCUCCUCUUCCACCCGUUGCGGGAGUAGACAGCGCGAAUGUAUUCACGCUGCAGACCCUGGCCGACCUACAGAAGAUCCGCUCGUAUGUAAUGAAGAAUGACUGCCGAGAAGUCAUCGUCCUCGGCGGGGGCUUUACAGGUAUCAAGGCUGUGGAAAGUCUGUAUGGCUUCGGCCUACGCGUCACCGUGAUUGAGGCUGGUGACUGUCUCUGUCCAGAGUUUGACCCUGAUUUUGCCAGGAUGAUUCAAAGAGAGCUGAUGAAGAAGGGGGUCCACAUCUAUAUCAACUCAGAGUGCCAGAUGAUCGCAAAGUCCGAUGUCACUGACGUGUGCUAUGUGGAGUUACGGGAUGGCUCCAGCCUCACCGCGGACCUAGUUGUCGUCGUCACAGACAGUCCUGAACCUCGAACCUGGCACGCGAAGAAUGCGGGCCUUGAUGUCCGCAGAGGCAUUGUGGUCAACGCGUUUAUGCAAACCAGUGACCCCGACAUCUAUGCAGUUGGCAGCGUGGCGGAAGUGAUAAACCGCAUCUCCCACCUGCCGCAGAUAUUGUCCACCAGUGGACCCUCGAACCGACAGGGUCGGCUCGCAGUCGAUCACAUCUUCAAGCGCGCCACGGCGUACCCUGGAAUAUGCGGAACACGGGUGUAUCAGCUCUUCCACUUGACAGGAGCCAUUACAGGGCUUUCCGUCUCGGCGCUCAAGCAAAUCGGGUACGAUCCUAGAUCGGUCACAAUCCACCAGCCGGACCAUGCUGGUUACUAUCCAUCCUCCCAGCAGCUCACCCUCCGAAUUGCCUUUCAACCAGCGAGUGGGGUGCUGCUCGGGGCUCAGGUUAUUGGACGUUCUGGCGUGGAGAGUCGCAUCAAUGUGCUGGCAACAGCUCUGCAGGCUACCAUGACUGUCUUUCAAUUGGAGGACUUGGAACUCUCUCAUAAGCCACAAUACGGCUCCGCAAAAGAUCCCGUCAAUUUGUCUGGCUCAGUCGCAAGUAACCUGCUCCGUGGUGACCUCCACAUUGUUCUUCCCUCCAGUCUAGCAGGGCAGCUUCAUGACUGGCAAAUCAUUGAUGUGCGAUCCUCGGAACAUUUCGAGCAGGGCCAUCUACCGUUUGCUCAAAAUAUUCCUAUAGACUCACUCAGGUCAAGGAUUGGCGAGAUCGGAAAGGAGCGUCCAAUACUACUCUACUCCAGAGUGGGCUACCAUGGCUACCUGGGCUACCGAAUCCUCGUGCAGUCUGGGUACCAAGCGGCAAAUCUUGACGGUGGAUUGAAAUUAUUCGUUGACGGGGGAUAUCAACCGGAGUUGGUAACAGGGACAUCACGAUAA